ACUGCUUUGCAGUAUGAGGAGGUGAAUAUUCCGGUUCCCUGGGGAUUUAUAUCGGGUCAUUGGCAUGGAAGCCGAACGGAAAGACCUAUCCUGGCGAUUCAUGGCUGGCUGGACAACCUGGGCACCUUUGAUCGACUUAUUCCACUGCUUUCCGAUCACUCAGGAAUCCUCUGCAUCGACCUUCCUGGACAUGGUAGAUCCUCUCGCCUUCCUCCAGGGGUGCACUACAAUGUCUACGACUACGUGUUUAUAAUUCCGAGAGUUAUGAAGGAGUUUGGCUGGUCGAAGGUCUCCCUGAUGGGUCACUCCUUGGGCGGAGUAGUGAGCUUCAUGUACGCGGCAAUGUCUCCAGAUACAGUGGACUUAAUCAUAUCCCUGGAUGUCCUGCUGCCCCGCAGAGUCGAGGAUCCCGGCAAGCUGACCAAGGACAUCGAAGGCUUUCUGAAGGAGGAGAAGCGACACGCGGAUGGCACAAAGCAGGAACCCCCAUCGUUCACCCUGAAUCAAAUGAAGAAUGUCCUUGCAAAGAGCAGCAACAACUCGGUGCCAAGCCACUUGGCUCAUCACAUGCUCCACCGACAGGUGACCAGGUCGCAGAUGUACCCGGAAAAGGUGUUCUUUUCCAGGGAUGGACGUGUAAAGUUCUACCACAUAUUCGACAUCGAAGAGGGACUGGCUGCAGAAAUGGCGAGGCGUAUUAAAAAGAAGCCAUACUUGGUGAUCAAGGGAUCGCUUUCCCCGUUCGUGGGACCCCGCUGCAACGAAGCCAUAUCAGUUCUCUCUGAGGGCAACCCGCACUUUGAAUUAUACGAGGUGGAGGGCGCCAAGCAUCAUGUGCAUCUCCAUGCCGCCGAGGAAUGUGCUCGCUAUAUAGUGCCCUUCAUUCAGACUCACAGAGUUUCGAAAUCUAGUAAGCUCUAAAAAUUGUGCAUUUUUGGUGGUAUUUCAAAUUAAAUUUUUAUAAUUA